AUGGAUCCAAGCAUCUUGCAAAUCUUUCAGAAUGAACUCAUCUGCCUCGAUUGCAGGAACUACUUCUUAGACCCCAUCACCACAGACAAUGGGCACAGCAUUUGCAGGCCCUGUUUCUACCUCAACUGGCCGGACAGUACAGUUAUUGUUUACGGUUCUGAAUGUCAGGAAGAAAUACAGAAUUUAUUUCUGAGAAACUUUGGCACAAAUGUCACCCUCAAGGAAAUUGUUCUCGUUGUCCGACGAGCCCAUCUGAGGCAAUUCCUGUGCUCUAGGGACAAUAGGUGUGGGAUACACAUGGAGGCAAAGCAGAUCUUCUGUGAGGACCAGAGGAGCCUGCUCUGUUUGCACUGCUCUACCUCUCAGGAGCAUGAGGCUCACAGACACUGUUCAGUAGAAGAGGAAGUUGAGCAACUCAGGAUUUAUGUAAACUCAAAGAGGGAAGGGAUCAGAGCGGAAUAUGAUAAUUUGCCUCCAUCUCGCUAUAUGGAAGAGCUACAUUAUAUAGAGAUAUUGCAAAGGGAAGGCAAGGAGAUUUUUUACCAACUCAAGGAUAGUGAAGCCAGGAUGGCACACAAGACGGAGCUUUUAAGAGGAAUGUAUACAGAGCUGAAGGAAAUGUGCCAUAAACCAGGUGUAGAGCUGCUCCUGAAUUUUGGAGACAUAUUGCACAGGAGUGAGGCAGUGUGUGAGCACAUGCCCCAGCCUGUGAAAGCAGAGCUCACUGCAGUGACCAUCUCAGGGAUGAUUGCAAGGUUCGAAUUGUUCAAAGAGAUUGUUAUCCUACGGCAUGCAAGAACUCACGGUCAUGUCUUCCUAGAUGGAAGUUUGAUAAGCCUGGAUGUUGGAUGUGGCCCUCUAGAUGAACUGUGUAUCACCUCACAAUAUGAGUGUUUUCUUAACUGGGGUGUUCAGACUUUUACCAUUGGGAGACAUUACUGGGAGAUAGAUGUGGGAGACACUUGGAAUUGGGCUGUAGGAGUCUGCUGUGAUGAGUUGAAUUUUGGAGACAUAUUGCACAGGAGUGAGGCAGUGUGUGAGCACAUGCCCCAGCCUGUGAAAGCAGAGCUCACUGCAGUGACCAUCUCAGGGAUGAUUGCAAGGUUCGAAUUGUUCAAAGGGUAUGCCUCUGUGUCUCUGCAUUUUGGCUGCUUCCCUGAGUUAAUGGAGCGGCUUUGUGUGAGAUUGUUAUCCUACGGCAUGCAAGAACUCACGGUCAUGUCUUCCUAG